CCAGCAGAGAGAGAGUACAAUUGCAGAUUUUAGAGAGACAAACACAGGAGAGAGAGAGGGUUCUCCGGUUCAGAACCAUGUCGCCGGCAACCACCACCACCAAGGGAACAACCUUCCCGUCGAUCACGACAUGUGACGUCUCCGCAGUCAAACAUCACUCGAUCGCCGCCGACCUCGACGGCACACUGCUUAUUUCAAGCUCCUCGUUCCCCUACUUCAUGCUCGUCGCGAUCGAAGCCGGAAGCCUCCUCCGCGGCCUUAUUCUCCUCCUAUCGUUCCCUCUCAUCGCCAUCGCUUACAUCUUCUUCUCCGAAGCACUCGCAAUCGAGAUGCUGAUCUUCAUCUCAUUCGCCGGCGUCAAGAUUCGCGACAUCGAGCUGGCGUCGCGCGCGGUGCUGCCGAGAUUCUACGCCGCGAACGUGAGAUCGGAGAGCUACGACGUGUUCGACAAGUGUAAGAGGAAGGUGGUGGUGACGGCGAACCCCACGGUGAUGGUUGAGCCGUUCGUGAGGGAGUAUUUGGGCGGAGACAAGGUGUUGGGGACUGAGAUCGAGGUUAAUCCGAAGACGAAGAAGGCCACGGGGUUUGUGAAGAAGCCAGGGGUUUUGGUGGGAAAAUUGAAGAAAUUGGCGGUUCUCAGCGAGUUUGGGGACGAAUCUCCUGAUAUUGGAAUCGGAGAUCGUGAAUCGGACCACGAUUACAUGUCGAUUUGCAAGGAGGGUUACAUGGUGCUCCCCAACAAAUCAGCAACUCCAGUACCGCUUGAUCGCCUGAAAAGCCGAAUCAUCUUCCAUGAUGGACGGCUAGUCCAGCUCCCGACCCCACUCAACGCCCUGAUCACAUACAUCUGGCUCCCAUUCGGAUUCGUCCUCUCCAUCAUCCGCGUAUACUUCAAUCUCCCCCUCCCGGAACGCAUCGUACGGUACACGUACCCCAUGCUCGGAAUCAACCUUGAUAUCCGUGGGACCCAACCCCCAGCCCCAUCCCCAGGGACACCCGGCAACCUCUACGUCUGCAAUCACCGCACAGCCCUUGAUCCGAUCGUGAUCGCUAUCGCACUCGGACGCAAAGUCUCGUGUGUCACAUACAGCGUGUCUCGCCUCUCCCGAUUCUUAUCUCCAAUCCCAGCCGUCGCUCUGACCCGCGAUCGUGAAGCUGAUGCUGCCCGCAUCAAAUCACUGCUCCAAAGAGGUGACCUGGUGGUGUGCCCUGAGGGGACCACGUGUCGCGAGCCAUUCUUGCUGCGAUUCUCUGCUUUGUUCGCAGAGUUAAGCGAUAGGAUCGUUCCAGUAGCGGUGAAUCUGAAGGCCAAUAUGUUCCAUGGGACCACCGUGCGUGGGGUCAAAUUCUGGGACGCAUAUUUCUAUUUCAUGAACCCUAGGCCCACCUAUGAAGUAACGUUUCUUGAUCGAUUGCCUGAGGAGAUGACGUGUAAGGCAGGUGGGAAAUCAGCGAUUGAGGUGGCCAAUCACGUGCAGAAGGUGUUGGGGGGUGUACUGGGGUUUGAGUGCACUCAAUUGACUAGGAAGGACAAGUAUAUGCUGCUGGGAGGGAAUGAUGGGAAGGUUGAGUCCAUGUACUCCAAGAAGUAGAAGAAGAAGAGGAAAAAAGUAGGUUGUUGGGUCAUUUCGGUGACUCACUCUGCUUAGGGUAAUUUGGUCAUUUGAGUUUUAGAGUUGGGGGUGUUGUUUUGUCAAUGUGGAAGGGGGUAUAUCUGUCUGUACAGAAUUGUUUACAAUUCUGAUGAUGUUUGAUUGCCUAAAUAUGGUUUUGGAUUUAUUAUU